AUGUUAUUGGAAACUUCAUGGAGUCUAUUUGUUGGGGUGAGCAGCGCGCUGACGAUCGCCGUCAGCAUGUUGACGUGCGCGCAGAAGCCCGACGGCAACAUCGGCAGCGGGAGCGGCUCGACGACGACGACAACGACGACGACGGCAGGCCUGCCGCCAGAAGCGUCGGUGAAAUCCGUCAAAACGAACAAGUCGAAAAUCAAACAGUUGUCAAAAGCGGUCAGCGAGAAGAGUCGACGCGAUAUGGUGGAUUCGAUAAAAGUGAUGCGAGGCAAGGUGAGGCCGAAGAAGAAUGCGGCGGCGACGGCAAGCAAACGCGAGGAUUCGGAUUCGCAGCACACGGAGCUCAUUCAUGUGCCGCUUGGCAAGGCAGCAGAAAAGGAGCCGGCGGUGUCGAAGUUGAUCACCUCGCCGGAAAAGGGCAAAUCGCACGAGGCGUCGACGAAAACGGCGCCGAAAAAGAAGGUCACGUUUGCCGAGAAGAUUGAGCGAAAGCCGAAGAAGUGA